AUGGCAUCUCAAAGAGUUAGUGUCCACAUGAAUACUGGAAAUGGUGAAACCAGCUAUACCAACAAUUCAUCACAUCAAAAAAUAGGGAUACUAAAAUCAUGGCAUGUUUUGGAUGAGAGCCUGAAAGACAUGUUUAGCAAGGGCUUCACCAGACAGAGACAACAGUGCUUCAGGAUGGCCGACUUGGGCUGCUCGUCGGGCCCCAACGCCCUUUUGCUCGUUUCGCGCAUAACCGAGAAAAUCGAGGAGCUCUGCAAGGAAAACGGCUGCACGGGUGGGCCCGAGGUCGAGGUUUUUCUGAACGACCUCCCGGGCAACGACUUCAACAACCUCUUCAUGAUGCUGCCUGAGUUCUAUCCUAGGCACCCGAACACGUUUGUAUACGGCUUGCCAGGCUCGUUUUACGGGAGACUUGUCCCGAGCAACACCCUCGACUUCGUUUACUCAUCCUACAGUCUUCAGUGGCUCUCUCGGGUUCCACACGGAUUGGAGAAUAAUAGGGAGAACAUACACAUGGCCAAGGCAAGUCCACCGGAUGUAUUCGAAGCUUACUACAAGCAAUACAAGACAGAUUUCACUACAUUCCUCGAGUCGAGGGCCGCCGAAAUGGGUGUCGGGGCCCACAUGGUCCUAACGUUCGUCGGCAGAAGUGUCGACAAACCCUCGACGAAAGAUGAAACCGAGCACUUCAAACUGCUCUCAGAUACACUUCUUGACAUGGUUCAAGAGGAGCUGGUCAAGGAGGCUGAUUUGUAUUCGUUCAACAUGCCCAUAUACACACCAAGCAGACAAGAAGUCGAGACACUGAUCCGCGAACAAGGGUCGUUUAAUUUGGACAGGGUCGAGGGCUUCUUCAUCCCUUGGGACGCACAUGUUAAGCUUGGAGAUGAUUCUGAUGGAAAAGUCGACACGUUCAAAAGGGGCGAGCUUGUUUCGAAUUUCAUUCGUGCUUAUACAGAGCCAGUUUUAGCUUCUCAUUUUGGAAAAUCCAUAGUCGACGAUUUGUACGCAAGGUUUGCUAAGAAGCUAGCCAAGCAUCUGUCGGAAGAGGAGCCGAUGUUUUUUAAUAUGGUCAUUUCUUUGAGCAAGAAGUGA